AUCCGUAAAGUUCACAUUUUUAAAAUUUUGAAGCCAUAGAUUAUUACUCAGUCUAGUCUAGUCACCUCACCAUAGAGUAGUCUAUCUAUGUCCUCACCACUUGCCUUGUGUCUCAGUGCAACCUACUGAGAUAAGAUUUGAUGGCCACUACUGAUCCCUCCAGAGCUGGUACAUCUAUAAUUAAAGAUCACCGGCCAUCAGCCUGAAUUAAACUCGCCACAGAAAAGCACAAGUGGUUGCGGGCACAAGUGUGGCAUACCAAGUGAAGUCGCUGAUUCAGAAGUAGAACAACUGAUAGAUGGAUCAGACUAUUUGGACCUGGACCUUGUUGAUCUGAACCGGGAAGACUACAAUGACAUAGUGACUAUCCUCAAACUGAAUGAUGUGCUCAGAGACAAACUGGCAUUCACUGUAUUCUCAAUGAACAUUUUCUUCACCUGUUUUCUGGUUGGCUAUGUUCCAAACUAUUUCUACAUCUGGUACACUGGGAAAGCAGUGGUCCUCCUCUCCUAUCGAUGGUACACAUACAAACAACUCGGAUUCCACUAUUUCCUCUUUGAUUUUUGCUACUUUACAAACGUCCUCAUCCUUAUCUACCUGUGGCUACCCUCCAGCCUCCUGGGAGACUACUGGCGGGGGGCAUUGUUUGUUGGUAUUUUCAGCUUCUCGUUUGGUCCCCUCCUAAGCGGUAUAUUGCUGUGGAGGAAUUCCCUGGUGCCCCACUCGACUGACAAGAUGACCUCACUCUUCAUACACAUUUCACCUGUCAUGGCUCUUUGGGGAAUUAGAUGGUUUUCGACGGAGGAGCAGGGUUUUCCCCUUUGCUCUGAGCCCACCGUCCCAGGUCCGAGAGGUUGUGAUCAUGUGACCAUGACUGACGCUGUCUAUGUGCCUAUUUUCCUGUACGCCAUGUGGCAAAUCAUGUACAUCGUAGUGAUAUUCAUAUGGAGGAAGGAGAAAGUAUCGAAGAAAAAGUACUCCACUAGCUACACUUGGAUGGUUGAGCGAUCUAAAUUAGGAUUUAUGAACAAGAUCUAUCGAAUAUUUGGAGAAAAGUACCAGAAGCCGAUGUUUGUAUUCUGGCAGCUCAUCUACACCAUUGUGUCAAUGCUCCCCGUCAAGUUUUACUUCCACAAUACUCUCCUUGGUGUGUUCGUGGGUUCUGUGGUAAUGACGUUUGCCUGCUACAAUGGAGCCAGCUUCUACAUCGAUGUGUUCAGUCAGCGCUACUACUUUGAGAAAGUACUUAAGAUUCCUGCUUCUCAGAAACCAACUGGACAAACAGAAAUGUAUGCGCACAAGAAAAACUGAAACACAAAAAGACAAUACCAUGCAUGUCUCGGCCCCUUCAUGUUCUAUACAUAUAGCUACCGGUAUAUGUAUUUCAUGUAAUUAUACCAUUGCUUAAAGAUACAUGAGUGCAUAUUUCGUCAAUGUUCAUUAUUUUUGAGCUGUAACUGUAA